AUGUCCCUACGGACUCUUUUCCAGACGUUGAAUGACCCUAAGGCAAAGACGAUAGCCGCCUUGUCGGUGUUGAUGUUGAUAGGGUACAGCUCUCUGCUGGUACACGCAUGGAAUACUAAUAACCAAGCCAUGGUGGGCUUUUUGCUGCUGGAUUUUUUCAAUGCGUCUUGUUUGAUGAGCGAAAUAAUCGUUAUCUGGGUUGGAAAUCAAGUAGCGACAUUUUCCUACUCUUUUGGUUUCAACCAGGUUAACAUCGUCGCCUGCUUCUCUAUAUGCGUGUUGAUGCUGCUGAUGGUAUUCUGGAACUGUGUAGAAUGCAUGGAGCAUCUUCUGUUGCCUGAGCAUCACGGAGCUACACACGAGCCUUCACUAGUCGUAUUAGUUUGUGCUUUCGUUGGUCGCUUCGGGGGACUAGCGAUCGUUAAGAAGUACUCUACAGGUCACGAUUCGACACCAGAAACCACUGGGGGCAAACUCAAACACGGCCUAGCCGCCAUGAUACACGCCACACUCGGCAGCGGCAGAGUGCACCGCGCCGUCCUUCUCUCGCGGUCAGUGAACAGCAAUGCACUGAUAUCCCUCGUGUCAUGGGCUAUAGUAUUACUCUCGUCAAUGCUCGCACCCGAAGCUGACUACAGCUGGGUCGAUCCCAUCACAUCGGCCACGGUGUCGGUUCUUAGCCUGGGUUCUGUGCUACCCAUCAUGAUGAACCAUGCACGCGUGCUGCUGCAAACAGUACCCGCGAAUUCAUCCUUGUGGUUCAAAUGCUUACGCGAGGUAUCCAACUACGAUGGCGUACUCGAGAUAAAGAAUCAGCACUUAUGGCUCAAUGGCUACAAGGAGAGGGUGGCUUCGCUCCACGUCAGGAUUAGAAGGGACGCCAACGAACAGGUUGUACUCGCUCAGCUAAGCACCGCUUUCGCGCAUCUGUGUGACAGCAUCACCAUCCAGAUCAAGAAGGACGACUGGGGAACCGGGGGCAGUGGUUACGCAAGCACAGCCGGAGCCAAUAGCAACUUUGGUUACGGUUAUAACACAGCCGGGGCGUCACAUCAACCCACCGACCUCAACGAGAAGGCACGGCAGCGGUUGUCGAGCUACUCGUCCAACAACUUAGCACGCACGAAUCAACUGAUGUCUCCUGUGCCACUACAGUACAGCUCACCACAGCAAGCUCAGUUGAGCGGAGGGGUGCCAGAGGCGCAUGGUGGUAUUCAGUUCAUGGCACCCAGUCAGGAUAGGGGCAUGAAUAGGGGGGGCGGUGCGAACGGCAUGUAAAUGAUUGGUCAAAACAAUGUGCUUCUAAGACACUCCUGUGGAGGAUGAAGUGCAGUGUGAGAUACUUCAGUAUUGAGUACGAUUAGCAGCCAUUGAGUCCGGCAAUUGUACAGAAAAAAAAAUAGAAAAAUGUAGCAAUACCACCGUCGACGACAACCUAUAUGAAAUAUAUUACUUCGGACCAAUUAGUAUAAUAGUACAUGUGUACUCGUACGCAAACAAAGGGAUGGAAUACAUACAUUUACAACUACAA